AUGACGACUCUCAACAGCGGUUACGCUAACGCGACCAAAAGUGAAUUCUUCCCUACUAAAGACAAUGCCAUCCUGAUUGACUCAGUAACAGAUUUCUCAGUUAAAGACUAUAUUAAAGCCAUUGCACAAAAAACAGCUCCUGAAAAUAUCAGAUUCGCAUCAAAAAUCUCUAACAGUCGUAUAUUUACAAUGAAUUAUUUGUAA